UCACUCCCACGGAUACAAAAAUGUGUUGUCAAGGCAACGCUGCUCGUGCGUUGUCAGAAAUCGUGUGGUUACGCAAACGCGCAAUAACCAUGGACCUGACGCUUCAUCUGAAGUCUCUCCAGUUUGAAGGCGGUCUCACUGAGGAGGAGAGACACUGCGGGUUCUUGCGGAGUCGAGCUGCAGCCUCAGCAGUGUGUGGCUCUGCGCACGCUGUGUUUCUCUGCAGACUCGUGUCUUUAUGCAGGGAUAAAUUAAACCAUCUAACCAAUAAAUCGGAGCUGCAGCCAGUGAAGGUUGGCAUUAUUGGAGGUGGGCACAUGGGCAAACAGCUGGCACUGCUUCUCCUGACUACACCAGGCUUUAAACCAGCUAACAUUAACAUAUCAACUAAAAGACCAGACUCACUGCGUGAAUUUUCAGACAGAGGGGUCAGGUGUUAUUUUGACAACCGCAGACUGGCUGCUUGGGCAGACGUGAUCUUCCUCUGCGUUCUUCCCUCUCAGCUUUGUCAGGUGUGCGCUGAUCUUCACUCUCAGCUGCCUGCUCGCUGCCUAGUGUACACUUUCACCUCAGCAGUGCAGUUACACAGGUUGAAGUCACUGCUUGGUCACAUGUUUGUACUCAGACCUCAGUACAGCUUUAAGACCUGCGACUCUGGUGACUUGUGGCUUCGCCAUAAUCUAAUAGCAGCAGCUCUAAAGGAUGAAGAGGUUCUGAGAGCAUCAUGUCCACUGUCAGUGACAGGUGCUCUCUGUUUGGAUCAGAGGUGGUUGUCUGCUGUGCUCUACACUCUCCUCAAUCUGUGCACUGCUGAGGGACUGAGUGCCAACCGAACCGUCCAAGUGCUCAAUGAGAUGUUUCAGACAACAACCACUCUCACCUGCCAGAGCUUUGUCAACUCAUCCUGGGCAUCUAAACUUAAUAACUCAGAGGAGCCUUUCCCCUGGAUUAACUUGAUUGAUGUACAGACAAAACAGUCUCCUUUACAUUCUUUCCUGUCUGGAUGUAAAGCUUUACAAGACUGCAUUUCUGUGAUUUAUCGAAAAACAUUUUCUGGCUGAAUUUGAAGAGUGAAAUAAAGACAAAAAAAAUGCAAGGAACCAAUUCAAUAUUUUUGCAAGAGCAAUUAUGUAUUUUUGUCUAUAUAUAUCCAGGUUGCCUCAGUAGAUCAUACAUGAAGCACAGUGUUAAAAUAAGGUCAGGAUAAUGAGGCUCAGGAGAACAGAGCGAGUCUCUCAGCAGCACUCAAAUAGUUCUAUAGCUCUCUGGAUAGUUAGCACCAUUUGGGGCCUAAUUACACUGACUAUGCGACUGUACAAUUCAUCUGUUUCUUAGCAAAUGUCACAUGCAAAUAAAACCAAAAGAAUGUGAUUUCAACAUUGAUUUUGUUCUUGUAU